CAUGAAACAAACAACUCGUCCUCCUGCUCAAUAUAUAGUUGCACCUGGAACACGAUUCCGUCUUGUUGCCAAUGAAUACGACAAAAAUAAGUAUGGACAAUGUAAUUAUGCUUCGUAUCGAACGCUUGUUCGGUGUAAGCAGAUACGAUCAAAAGAAGAACUUGCGAAACAUGGCGGCCGUUGUGAAGAGCACGUCGAAUUUUCAAAAACGUUAGAAAAUAAUCAUAAGAAAGAAGUGAUGCGGUGCCAUGCGGAAAAUGAUUCAAAGAUGCAAAGACGUCGUUUUGAUCCGUGGAUUGCAUCAAAUGAGUAUAUUUCAGACGAUGACGACUACCUCCAAGCUGCUCAAACAGUUCCUCAGCGUCUUCCAGAUGUGGCAAAUGAUGAUAUAUUGGAUAAUAAUUCGUUAAGAUACGCUGAAUACUAUACUGACAAAGAUAUAUUGAAUAUCAAGAUGGAUUUAGUACAAAAGGAUAUUGACGAUUUAAUUGAAUUUAAAGAAUUGGUCACAAGUCAAGCACAAAAAGAGCAUGAAUUGUUAGGAAAUGAUGAAGAAGAAGAUUAUCCAACAGAUAUGGCCCAGCGAAGAAUUUUCAAAGCAUCCACAAAAUACUCAAGGAAUGACUAUCUGACAUUGACGACAAUUGAUCCAGUAUUCCAUCAAUGUUGUGUUGGACCAGAUAUGGAUGAUUCUUUAGUUAUUGUACACACAAUGCACUCUAUUUUGGAUAAAAUUGACAAUUUUGAACCAAUCGACUCUGAAAAGCAAUGUAACAAGCCGGCGCUUCAUCUUAGCAAAUUUUGCUUUGAUCAUAUUAUACUGGAUCGUUCUCAAAAAAUGUUCGAUGUCUGCAAUGCAUGUGGUCUUACUGCAAUUGGAGGAGUUGAUCCGAAAUGUUCGUUCCAUAUAAAAAGUUCUGCAAUAGCUGAAACUACGUCUUGCCCGUGUAAUCGGUGUGUCCAACCUGGUGAACAUGCUUCCCCGAAAGAUGAGAAAAAUUCGAUAACCUGCUAUUUGAAUUCAUCCGACGACGACGAGCCUACACUGGGAAACUUGUCAAGAAUCGAAUCGAUGGUUUCCCCAAUGCAACAAUUUUCAAAUCAAUCGAAUACAUUAACUGCUCCAUUACCCCGUCGUUAUCAAGGUCCACCGGCUCAAGUACUCCGGCCACCACAAAUGGGACCACCUCCAGGAAUUAAUCAAGUACCAUAUCAACCAAAAGCUAACAGAACUCCUCCGAUGACAUCACAGCAGCUCCACGAGCAACAGAAAUUAAAAAUGCAAGAAGAAGAGAUGAUGUCUCAAACGUGUGCAAGUGAUUUCAGAGUUCGACCUAUUGAUGCAAGUCAGUUUGGUGGAGGAAAGAAGAAACAACGACUACCACCAAGACGUUCUCCAUCAUUUGGGACAUCUCCAAAUUCUUAUCAAUUCCAUCAACAAUCACAAAAGAAAAUGCCAUCGAUAAUAUCGACAGCGUACAAUUCGUCACCUGGAAAAAUGAAUUUUCAAGGAUGGAAAAAUCAAUCUACGAGCUCGGCUACACGGCCUCUUCCACAGCCUCGUUUCCCAGUUCAUGCAGCUCGUUCACAGCAACCGAAGAUGAUUCCAUUAGAACAAACUCAAGAUUCAAUUGAAGAUGAUAUUGGACCAUCACCCAUGUUUCAAGGACCAGAACCAUCGAGACGCGGUGUUCCAUAUUAUAAAAAUGCCUAUCGAAGAACUGAACUUCCAUCUCGUCAUGCCCAACACUCUCCACUCACUCCAUCUACUUCUACAUCAUCAUCUCAGCUAUUGGCUCCUCCUAAAUCACCACAACCCGGUACAUCUUCUCAAACUUUUCGAUCUCAAGCAUCACGUCUUCCAAUAGCACCACAUCGUGCUAUAGCUGCAGGACUUAAUCCAGCCGAUGUCGGAACUCGCCCAGCUUAUAGAUCUCAAAUGGCUGGCCAAAGACCAGGAAUGACGCCGUCAGCGCAACAAGGAAGCCCUCAAUUAAUUUCUCCGCCAAGACAAGGAUCUAUGAUGCCAGUAGCAAUGAAUCAGAGCCCUCAAGCUGUUCGGCGACAAACUCCAGUUCCACCUUACCGUCUUAUGGGACCCCAAAGAGUUACAACAAGUUAUACGGUUGUUCGAUCAGGAAGUUCAUCGUCUGUAGCUGGUCCAUCAAGAAGUUCUGUGGCUUCGGGCUCCCAGCAUACUGCAUUGGACACAGUUCAGCAUGAUCCACGUUUGGCAAACAUCAAUGUACGAACAUUUUUGUCAAUUGGAAAUCGGGAUCUUUCAACACUAACUCAAGAUGAAAUAGAUCUCUUGAUGGCUGGAAAUUCACCGGAAAAGGGAGGCAGAAAGGCCGGUGCUCCCGGUGCAAAAGAAUCAUCAAAAGCUGCGGGAGGCGCUCAAAAAGGAACUUCUGCAGCUUCAACAAGCGUCCCAGAACCGACGAAAAGUUCAGAAUCAUCAGUGGAUCCGCAAUCAGAUGUAUCAUUUUCGAAUCCUUCACCAGCUCCAGAAGUUAUAGAAAAAGUUGCACCAGCUGCGAUGACAAUAACUUCCAAUAAACGGAAAAUCGAUGAAACUUUGGCAUCUGAAUCAACAUCUUCGGAGGCUACAUUAAUACACGAUACAACUUCUUCUUCUUCUGCAGAGACAGUGUCUGGAGAGCCUCCAGCAAAGAAAUCAUCAGAUGUUUCAGCACCUGUGCCAUCUCCAGAAAAGGAAAAGGAGAAAAUAGAUCGUCCAAAAACUCCAAAAUCAUCUACAAAACGGACAACACCAACUCCAUCCGGAAGAACACCACGGGCGGCCGCAAUUGCAGCGAAUCAAGCUAUUUCUCAUUCAAAACCUAAUGUUCCCUCUGCGUCUACAUCUUCUUCGGCUGCUUCCACCGAUCAAGAGAAUCCGCUAGAUUUGCUUGCUGAAUUGUCGGUAGCUGCAGCUGCUGAAGAGCAACAACAAGCAAUAGGGAGUACGUCGAAAAAUGGAGGAAGCACAAAGAAAACGCAAAGAAAGUCACCUUCUCGUUCAUCAAUAGGAAAGAAACGAGAAAACAGUGAGGAAUAUGAGGAGGAACUUUGAAAUUUUAAUUUUGCUUCAACUUUUCAUAAUUUUUAAUAUAUUGUUUCACGAUUUCGCUAUCCUCACCAUUAUUCUCUUAAUGAUCUGUUGAAUUAUCUUAUUUUCAUAUAAUUUUCACCUUGUUACCUCCGAAAUUAUGCAUUCUUAUUAAUGAUUUUGUCUCGCCUUACAGUUAAUCAUAAAUAGUUUUAUUGUA